GUUCGGUGACGAAUGUGUGUGCGGAUAAAGAACAUGUAUUUUGACGCUUGAUUAGAAUAAUUUCUAUUUAAUCAGAUUGCACCGGAAAUCGGGCGACACGUGAAAUUAACGCUCGUGUAUAGUAAUAUUCAAAUAGUCAUAGGAAUUACGAAAAUAGAGAAUGAGCAUUUUAGCAAUAUUUCCUGAUAUCAAUUCAUUGACUUUAAUUUAUUGGUAAGCUAAUAUAGUAUAUGUAAGUACAUAUGUACACACAUAUGCACAUUUCAAAAGUGGAAAUAUGCUUUUACCUAUGUGCAGGGUGUGGAUAUCUACAAAUGCGGUCACGCAUUGUAUACUUUUUUGAACGAAUAAAUAUUUACACAAUACGUACGUACCUACGUAAAUACUACAUACAUUUCAGUAUGCAAUCUCAACAGCAAGGAUGCGAUACAAAUCUAUUAAAAACCAUCGUCCGUACUUAAUUAAAACUGCAUACAUACUCACAUGAAGGACUUACCAAAAAAAUAUUCCUACCCAUCUUAAUUUUGGAUGUGUUCUUAUACAUGGGAAACUUUACAUAAAAUAUAAUCAUCUAAACCAGAUUGUCAAUUUAAAUCCGGUAAAAAUGCACCUGCUGUGGCUCAUCAGUAUUAUAGGAUUAUCUCUGUUACAUCUACAGCUCAGCCAUUGCAAUGAUCUUGAUUUAUUGGGUAUCAGCGUAAGUGGAAGUAAAAACGGAAACAUGGUUGGAAAUAGUGGUAUAUUUAAUAGCAAUCUGGCUACAAAUGGGCAUGAUCUUACUGGAAUGAAUAUUAACAAUAGCAUGCUGAGCACAAUUUUGAGUGGCGGCGGAACCACGAGCAAAGCCAUAACCACUCGUACUAGUUUUGGUGAAACCAUUAUAGGAAGCGCUGCAAAUUUUGAAGCGGAUCGAGGAGGUGUCAAAAUAGGUGAUAGUGGCUUGCCAUCAGCAACAGUUCCUGAACUAAUCAAUGGCCAAGAUGGAAUUUCCACUGGUCCAUAUAGAGGGCUUAAGCAUACAAAAGCGCAUGGCCAACAAUAUGGUCAUGCAUUAGCUGGAUUGGCCAAUUUGGGAAUUAUUAUACCUAGUAAAAAAGAAGCAAACGGUGGAGAUUAUGCACGCACAGUAGAAAGCUUAGGACGUAAAAUCUAUACAAAAGGGGACAAUGAUAACACCCCAAUGGGCACUACGAAUAUUAGCGGUAGUAACGGGGGACAGAGUACAUACCUGGAACAUUUUAUAUCUGAACACACUGUAAUGGCAGUAUUUACGUCGCAAGGUCAAGUGGGCGGUCCAUGUCUUUACAUGCCUGCUACACGGCGUCAAAACCACCAAUGUCGAAAAGAAUUUGGCCUUCCAAAUGCGUUAUUUGAAGCUCGCCGACUAGCCACCUCCCACUGUGAGAGUCAAUUUCGAUACGACCGAUGGAAUUGUUCCAUUGAAACCCGAGGCAAACGUAACAUUUUUAAAAAGCUUUACAAAGAAACAGCAUUCGUGCAUGCUCUAACUGCCGCAGCUCUAACACACACUAUCGCACGAGCUUGUGCUGAAGGACGCAUGACCAAAUGUAUUUGUGGCCCACGAAAGCAGAAUAGGAUAGAUCAAGACUUUCAAUGGGGAGGAUGUAAUGAUAAUUUGAAACACGGUAAAAGGGUGACGCGAAGCUUUCUCAAUUUGCGUGACAGUGAUGAAGAUGAAGUGUCUGAAAUUUUGCGGCACGACUCCGAGGUCGGUAUAGAAGCAGUAUCUAUGCUAAUGAAAGAUAAAUGCAAAUGCCAUGGAGUUUCUGGUUCUUGCUCAAUGAAAACCUGUUGGAAAAAAUUAUCUGAAUUCAAUGCAACAUCAACACUACUACGACAAAAGUACAAUGAAGCCAUCAGAAAGGCUCCUAACUCGCGCACAAUACGACGGGACGUGCCCAUGAAUCGGUUAAAACGGUUGAGGCAGAAAAAAAAAAAACAAUCACAAUACACCACGUUAUAUUAUUUGGAAACCUCGCCAACUUAUUGCUCGGUCACAAGAGACCGUCAGUGUUUACAUCCGGACAACUGUGCAAAUCUGUGCUGUGGACGGGGAUACACGACGCAUGUUUUUAAGCAGGUUGAAAAGUGUCGCUGCCGCUUUAAUAACGGACGAUGUUGCCAACUUAUUUGCGAUUAUUGCCAACGUUUUGAGGACAAAUACUUUUGUAAAUAAAUUGUUUUUUUAGUUUUUCGUUUUUAGUUCAUGAAUAUAUACAACAUAUUAGAUGUGCUCAUAAACCUGACAGUUUUUAUUUAUUUUCACAAAUAUGGCGAUAUUACGUUUGUAUACUCAAAAAUUCGCAAGGAGAAGGAAAUUUAUGUAACGCUUGGCUUGAAGACUUUUAUUUUGUACAAAUUUUUAGUUGCUUACAUGCAUCUGUAAACAAAACACAAGAAUUAUUUCAUUUCAAGAAACAAGACAAUCGAAUUAUACUUGCAAGUUUAUUUUUAAAUAUACGUUCACGAAAAACGAAAUGAAAAUGAAAUAAUAAUAUUAUAUGUAUGUAGAUAUUUUUUAUAUUUGAAAAGUACUGUUAAAAAAAAAAAUCAGAAAUGCGUAAAUCGGAUUAUAUAAAAAUAAUAAUAUCUCAUUCUAAGCAGAAUUAACAUUUAAUUGUAAGUAUAUGUAUAAAAAAACAAACAUUAUGCUAAAAAAAAUUCCGCAUAAAAAAUAAUCUAAAUAAUCAUAAACACUAACAGGUAAAACAGUCAAUGGAAGUCGAUAAGUACAUUAGUAUGAGCAUAUAUUUCGCGAUAGCAUUGCCAUAAA